GUCAGCCAAAGACCUUGGAGCGCUCUCACGGAAGAUGUUUGUAUUCAGUGUCUUAUUUUUGACUCAGUUUGGAAAGGUCACUGACCUUGUAUCCUUUAUCCACUUUACUACUUGAACGUAGAAGUUUUCAACCUUUUCAAUGAACAUUUGAGGUUUGAAUACUGUGCGCAAAAUCAGCACAAUAAUCGCACCAUUUCUCCAUGAUCGCACAGACGUCGCCGGGAAAGGGGGGGGGGUCGGGAGAGCACUCAUCACCAGCAGCAAACUGACAGACUGUUAACAGUUCAGAUCAAACGGAUGACUGAAGAUCUGCUACAAAUGAAGCAAGAUUGUCAUCUCAAAUUAGAGAGGCAUGCCCUAUAAUUGUGCUGGAGAUCUGAAGAGAAACCUUUGAUGCCCAAACCAGACCCUAGAUGUCAUGUGAAUAACCUCCCCACCGCUGCACAUCAACCAAGACACUCAUUAACGACAGAAGUUUAUUACCAUGGAGAAAUGGCGUGAACAAUCGUGACUUGCGGGCCGCAAGCAUUAUUUAAAUGUAUGCACUGGAUCAAGCGAGAGAGACUUUACAAGUGCGGUACAUGUGUAGCAAGCUCCUUUUGGAUUUGUUCAUUGAGGCAAUUCUUGUUCUUGCGGCAAGGCAAUUUCUGUCUUGUAUUUUGCAAAAACACGCCUGGAGCUGUGUCAAUCCUCAUACUGGUACAUUUAGCUGUUCAAGGCCAGGGGACUUCAAGAUUUUAAGGUGAAUAAGCUUUGCAAUCCUCUAGUCAGGCUAUGAGAAGAUUCCACUAGAACUACGAGAUCACAUCAAGCAGGUUAUGAAGGCUGCUGUCUAAGACAUGGGCUGCUCUGCUACCAAGACAGUGUCACAGGAUCAUCCAACUCCUGUCAAAGGCAAAAGCAAUGGGGAUAUCCUCAAGAACUACAAGCAAGUAGAGUCAAAGUGUACUAAAGCAGGCAAGGAAAAUGUUCAACAGAGCCGGGACACAAACAGCAGUCAGAACAGUGGACAAACAGGUGGUCAGAUGGGUGAGAAAACAGAAGAUAAUGCUGCAAAGGCUGCAGGGGAAGAAAUCAAUCCCAAAGUAUCUCGAGAAAUCAGCCUAUCGAAGGACCUUGGAUUGCGAAAACUACAGAGGAAAGAGACACCUCAGGCCGGACCAUUGGCUCACAAUAACAAGGUGAUCUCGCAGAGCCAGAUGGAAUUUUUCAGGUUACUUGAUGAGAAGAUUGAGAAGGGUGGAGAGUUUGAAGAAGGUGACGAUGUGACGUAACGGCCUGUUGCCCUGAUCGUUGGUCAUUAGUUUAGUUUAUGCCGGAGAAACAGGGAACCAGAUAAUCAUUAUGUAUAUUUGUACAUGGACUAGAGCCUUGGGCAGUUGAAAGUUAUGCCGUUCAUACUUUACAGCAGUCAGUCAUUGAUUGACACAGCUUUCAACUUUCUGGGGGGAAUGUUCUGUAACUAUAAUUUUUUAUAUUUGAGGGUUGUGAUUUCACCUCAUACAAUUUCAGGUAUCACAAAUCUGUUUUUAGGGCUUAGGCCAUGAUUUGUUGGUUUGUGCAACUUUGUGAUGUAUUAAAGCGAUUUGCCAUGUAGGGAGUUUAGUGUAUUGAAAUGUGCACUUGAUAAACACCCUCCUUCACCUUUUCAAACCGGUUCUUCAGACUUCAAAGGAUCACCUACCAUUUAUUUACUUUUUUUAAAUUUUAUUUUGUUACUAAAUUGAUGAUAGGUGAUACAGAUUGAAUGCUCCAAGUUCUGUACUUAAAUGUCUCUGCAAAAGAUCUAGUUGGAAUAUACAACACUGAACAUUUUCCUGUUAUUUUUACAGCAAGACUUUUGCAGUUAUUUUUAACCAAGUUACAGAUGAGUGUAAAUAAAUGUUUAUUCUGAUCUUAUGAAUGAGA